AUGCCGAUCUCCCAGGAGCUGAUUGACAUCAUCAUCGGAUUGGCGUGCAAAGGCAAUUUGGCGACAUCUCUGACUUGCACUCUGGUCUGUAAGGCAUUUGUACGCACCAUGCAAAAAGAGAUGUUCUACAAACUCUUCAUUCACGACUACGCUUCCGGACAUCCAUCGUCGAGACAAAUCUGGCACAGUCUGUCACAUGCCCUCAAAUUUUUUCACGACAGUCCCCAUACUUCUCGCUUUCCUCGAGUGCUUUUCUACCGUGCCAAUCCUAAUGUCAGUGUCACCAGACUCAGAAGGCUGCUGAGCAACCUGACGAGGGUCCAUACAUUGAUCGUUGAUGGCAGCGACACAGACAUAUUCGCACUGGCCACUUUGUCCCCAUUCCUCCGUAAUCUCUAUUUCAGGGACAGCUACAUUAUGCACAAGGGGAUGUCAAGGCUCCUGACGUCGUCGCAGAAUGUGAAGGCGUUGAGUAUUAUAGGAGAUUGGGUCACUAGUCCUAGACGCGGUAGUAGCAUAGUGCUGAAGCUGCCUGAGGAGCCGGUGAUGGUUCAGGGAAUACGAGUUUUGGCGCUCGAUUUGUUGAAUGUGCCAUCGUACCAGCUGGCUCUACUACGAGCGUGGGUGACCCCCCUUGUAGCUUUGGAGAGGUUGAUCUUGAAGGUCACAGCUGAAGACGAUACUAUUGGUGCAGUGCAGGCUUUGAUCCUCACGAAUGCGAGAUCGCUCCUGAAACUAAGGGUAGCAGUGAUGAUAAGGGCAGACUGUGUUUUGUUACAACGACUGUGGAUAUCUGUGUAUAUUCGUCGAUUUGCAUGUCUGGUGAUGGUAGAGGAAGUGACGGAGACGUUUCAUGCUCUGGAUCUGGUGUUGCAUCGUAUUGGAUCGAAAGUGGAAGCGUGUGCGAUCAAAAUACACCUCGUUUUUGAUACCCACUUCGUCUGGGAAGGGAAGUGGUACAAGGAUGAGAAGCAGUACGGCGAUUGGAUUGGGUUUCCUGGAUACACUCACAAGGUGUCUUUGAUGAUGUUUGGAUGUCCCAUAAUUACGACAAUUCAGGACAACCACGGAGAUCUGUAUGCAUGCUCGAAUUCGGAUACCAUUCCUCCCAUUCCUUCUUCGACCCCUCCGUUCGAAGAACCCGCACUCAGGUGGCCAGCAGAUCCUGAAAUUUACAUAGCCCGGCAUUGGGCCUCAAACACUAUGCCUUACCAAGGUUUCUUGCCUGUAUGUUCUUUCCCUGUUCAGCCCUCGGGUCGUGGAUUGUGGUCUUUGAGUGCCAAAGUAAUCGAAUCUUGGCGGAAUUUGGAGGCUCUUUUGGAAAGGCUGAGGCAGAUCUUGGAAUCAGAUGUUGGUAAUCGAAAUCUGGACUAUUUGCAGUUUCCUUUGCCUUGGAAAUAUGGAUACCACCAUGCUAAGUCCAGUCAGAAAGCCAUGGUGUACUCUGCCAUUCAUUCCCGAGAUGCCUUCAUUUUAAUGGCUGCCGAGAUAUCAUAUCUUCUGGCUUUGGCUUUGGAGAACGAUGGGUACCGUCGAUUCCAGAAUUGGUCCGCCGUAUUAACAAGAGAGGUUGGCGGCAAGUGGGUUGAUAUGAUCCGGGAUUCAUGGUUAGUUCAAUACGAUGUGGGUUAUCAGGAAGGGAAAGAAUCCGCCUGCAGACGUGUCGGAAUUUUCAUAGAUCCCCGUAACUGCAACUUCGGUUAUUUUCUUCGAGCCUACUACGCCUUCAAGAUACCUGUUUGGAUACACUGGGGACCAUGGAAAGAUCCUUAUCGGGCUGGCCAACCUGAACAAUUGCAAGAUUAUUAUUUUCACCUCCCUCCUUCCCGCACAGUCGAUCGUAUUACAGCUCCACCUGCUCUACCAGCAACUAUCUUCGAGUUGGACAAGGGCAAAUGGAGGCAGAGACUGCCUGGGGAGAGGUUUACACUGCGAUGGAUACAAAAAGAUAAUGCGCAACUACCCAAAAAGAUUUCUGUACAAGAGGAUCCCCAGCCAAAUGAUGACGCUGCCAUUCCGCAGUCAAAGGCUCAGAAUAGUCAACUAGAGCCCCGAGUAGCAGAUUCAAGAUCAAACGUGGCCACUCAUCAGUGUCUGGGGGAAACAUGGCAGGAGUUCUUUCGUCGGCGUGACGAGGCCGUGGCUCAGAAGAAGGAGCAUGAAUCUGUGAGAGAAAGGCAGAGUCGCAAGGCAAGAGAACUUGAUGCGGCGAAGCAGCAUUGUCCAGCUCGCAGUGCAAACAUCUUUGUCUGGGACGCCGUGGAAGGCAAAGAUUAUCUGGUGCGACAGCAUGUUCCUCAUCGCGAUGUUCCAGACAUUUGGGAUGAUUACGCCCCAUCUCAGCGACGAUAUUCCUCGUUUUGGAAGGAAUGGGACCUAAACUAUGCCUUUGAUCCAGACGCAGAGCAGAGUGCGGAGCAGUUGUUCGAGGAAGAUGAAGAUUGGGAUGAUGGACCAAGCACCUCUAACCAGUGCCGGACCUGUUCCGCAAGCGAAGUGCCCGAGAGUGGGAAGUAG